AUGGCACCCUCAACGCGGCCGCCUUCAAGGAGCCACCGGGCUCUUUGUCGCUCUUCAACGCGGCUGCCCUUUGGGAAGCGGGGGGCCACGUGGGGAAGCAGAGCUCUAGAGAAACGGAAGAUCGGGGAAGGGGCUCCCGGGAAAGAGGUCAGGAAGCCGCCGAGGAAGGAGAAGGGGCUUCGCUCGCAGGUAAGAAAAGGAGGGGCGGGCCAGCGCGCUAGCCUUGGGCGAAGCGUGGCAAGGGGGAGCUAUGCGAAACAUGCCCGGCCAAUAGGCGUCGUCCGAAUUGCCGUCAGCGUUCGAAAGGAACAGCGGCCGUCCAAUGAGAAGCGCCCUCGAACGCAGCCAAGAUUCCACGCCGUCCACAAGUUGCGGCGGCGGCGGCUGGCCUCCCGCGUCCGCCUGGGCUGCCUGUAG